ACAGAUUAAAAGACAAGUAUUUACUUUAACUUCGAGUUUGUGUAACUACGUAAUGAGAGUUCCUGGAAAAUCCUUAAAAGGUGGGAAAUUGCAAAACACACAUUUUCAGGUAAAAAUAUUUCGAACGCAGGUAAAGAAAGGAUUUGCGCACGCGAAAAUUUCCCCUUCAUUAAGGCAAACGUAUCUACAGAGCAUAAGUGCGAAACACCUUUUUACCUGCAUAGCUCUGAAGUCGAAAAAAACGUAUAAAAAGGGAGAGUAAAAUAUAUUGAAACCAGUUACAAAACUUUUUGCAUCGAUAGCACUACUAUCUCCGCAGAGACUUACGAACUUUUUGAAAAACCUCAAAAAAUCAAACAUCAUGAAUUAUUUUAAAAUAUUACGCUGUUUUCACAUAAGACUGCUACUGCUGCUUAUGUUUGCUACGAAUCUACCGCUGAUUACCGCAGUUUUCACGCCGGAGAACUGCAAAACGCUUAGCGCCAACACUAACUGUCAGUGUAUAACGGAACUUGCGCAUUUCGAGAUCGAAUGCGUAUCAACGAAAACGAGCGGCAAAUUUAGUCUACGCAUCGGACCCGGCAAGAAUGUUAAGAUCGAGUGUGAGGACAUAACAGCUGAAGACUACGAGAUCUUACCGACGUUGAAAAUUGGUUACACCAAAAUCGUACAAAUCCAACACUGCCCACUGCCUGAUAAUGAAGAGCCCAUAGCUAAACUGCUAAACCAACUGGGCGUCGAAAGAGUCAAUUAUUUCGCCUAUGCAAUUGACGAGAAUAGCGGCAAUAUUACACAACAACAUUUAAGUGGUCUAGAGAAAUUACAGCAUUUGAGGCUGAGCGCGAAAGCACAAAAAUAUUUGCCGGACAAUCUAUUCGAACAUCUAAAGAAUCUCGUAUGGCUGGAUCUGCGCUCAAACAAUUUGACGCUGAGCGACCGCUUGCUGGAACCAUUACCGAAUUUGACAUAUCUGGAUUUGGGACAUAACUUUUUGGAACGCCUACCCGAAGGUGUAUUUAAGAAACAACAAAAAUUGCAACAUUUAAAUUUGUGGAGUAAUCGUCUACGUACACUGAACAAGCAAACGUUCAGUGGUGCCGAGGAGCUGGUGCUUUUGGAUCUCAGUUCGAAUGAAAUAGAAUGUUUCGAACAUGACGUGUUCGCGCUACUCGGCAGUUUGAGAAGUCUGGAUCUAAAUAUGAAUAGAAUACGUGAACUACCUAGUGGACUAUUUGCUAAGAACAAGUAUCUUACGGAAUUCAGGCUCGUUAACAACAAAGUACAGCUGAAAACUUUGCCGCCCGCACUAUUUACAAAUUUAACCUUCCUAGAGGAAGUGCGUUUGAUAUGUGGCUUGGAGCAGGUACCGGCAGAUUUGUUCGCCAGCUCCACUAAACUGACAAACCUCACAAUGAGAAACAAUAUGCUUAGAACGUUACCGGAGAACUUUUUCAAAUCUCAACACAAUCUCUACGAUCUGGAUUUGUCACAUAAUCGUUUGGAAACCUUACCGGAUACGCUGUUUCAAUUUACAACAAAUCUAAUCGAACUCAAGCUGUCACACAAUCAACUCGUCGAAAUAUCAAGUGAGCUAUUUAAACCUUUAGCGCAACUGGAGCUGCUGCAUCUUGAGAACAACAACUUGGUUAGCAUCAGUUUUAAUGCUUUCUGCGAUACGGCCAACCUGAAAUACCUAAAUCUGGCAAAUAACCAAAUCGACUUGGUCGACACGCUGGAAGCCACAUCGCUGGAUUCUUUGGACGACGAAAUCACAAUUGGUACCACCUCACCUUUCCGUUUCCUGUUUAAACUGCGCGAACUCAACUUGCGUAAUAACUCUAUAAUGUACCUGCAUAAGGAUUGGCGAACACAACUGCUCGAACUGCGCAAACUCGAUCUCAGUUACAACAACAUACACGUGUUCUCGGAUCACGAUCUGCGUUUCCUGAGCAAACAUGUGACACAUGUUAACCUGACACACAAUCUCAUUGAGGAAAUCAAUUUCAAUAGCAUCACAAGCUUGGACCUGCACACAGACCCGCGCACAAUACUUUUCGACCUCAAUGACAACCCGUUACAUUGCGACUGUGUGCUCUUGCACUUUCUACAAUUCGUAUUCGGCGAGUUCAGCGAAAAACUUGGCAACAAAGUCGAAAUCUUAACAAACAAUUUGAGAUGCGAAGGACCACCAGCAUUGAGAGAGAAGGAAAUAAUCGAUCUUAGCUCCAUGGAGCUUGUAUGUCCACUGGAUGAUCAGUACUCACAAGAGAAGCUGUGUCCAAACGGUUGUGAGUGCUUGGUGCGUCCAGUUGAUUUGAUGCUCAUCAUCAACUGUUCCCACAGCGAACUCACAGAAAUGCCAACGCUGCCGAGCGUGCCUAUACUCAAGGGCAUCGAACUGAUUGUGUCGCAUAACAGACUGGAGAGCCUGCCGCUCAACACUACACCCGGUUACUCCGAUGUUGUGGCACUACAUGCCGCCGGCAAUCAGCUGCGCCAGCUCAACUUGAACAAUCUACCGAAGAAUUUGGAGUUUUUGGAUGUGCGACAGAAUCUGCUGCAAAACUUGAACGCCAGUGUCUUGAAUUUUCUCAAUAGCAGCAACAAUUUGCAAGCUCUCUUCCUUACAAACAAUCCAUGGACUUGUGAUUGUGCGGCAAAACCAUUAUUGGAGUUCACACAAAGUGCGGCAAUACGACGCAAGCUCGCCGAACACGACAUGCAACACUUGAACUGCUUAGUGAAAUCGGGCAAUUCGACCAUCAGCCUGAGAUUCCGCGAUGUUAGCAGGAGCCAAAUAUGCCCAGUCAAGCGAACUCUGUAUAUCAUCAUCGGCUUGACAAUCGCGCUCGCUGUACUAAAGAUCGGCAUCUUCACAUUCAUUUAUCGCAGAUAUCGCCACCGUUUCGGCAGAUGUCUCAACGCCAACAUGGAGGAUGACAAUAAAUGUUACGACGCCUUCGUCUCUUAUGCGCCGCUGGAUGAACACUUCAUCAUUGAACACUUGAAACCCGAACUGGAGAAUGGUCCCAUACAAUAUCGGCUGUGUUUACCCAAACGUGACUGGAUCGUCGGCGAUUGUUUCACACAACACACGGUGUGCUCGGUAAACGAGUCACAGCGCACCAUAGUGGUGUUGUCGCAGAAUUUCAUAAAGACCGUGUGGUCUGACAUGGAAUUCCGCAUGGCGCACCAAACUGCACUAGCUGCGGUACAAAAACAUUUGAUAAUCAUAAUGUAUGGCGACAUUGAAGAAGUGGAAAACUUGGAUAGCGAACUGCAAACGAUUCUGAAGGCGAACACGCACCUCAGAUGGGGAGAUCCUAGCUUCUGGAGUAAACUGCGCGCCGCUUUGCCGCAAGACACUUGCAUCGAGCGCUUGGAAAAGGAGAUGUCCAAACUGGAGAUGUGCGUGGUUUAGAGGGAAUAUGAAAUAGCAGUUGGUUUCCCUUUGUAUAUAUUAAAUAUACAGCUAAAGCUGUAGCCGUAGA